AUGGUUCGUUCCAUCCGCUCAUACUCCCCCAUUUCUGCUCAGAAAAACACAACUGGACAACCUCCUGCAGCAUCUCAAAUGUCAAUCACGUCUAUCCUUGCAGAGAUGCCAGCACAAGUGUACAUUCAACCUCGCUUCUCAAUGUCCAGCUUAGCGGCACUCCAUUCGAGCUCAUUUGCUCAAGGUUUCGGCAAUGCAGAACAACAAUCAGCAGCUCGCGCACUACUCAGACAUGAUGCUCACAUUGAUGGGUCUCACUACCAUACCCGGAAGCCUAGUGGCCUCCAUCCAUCAAAUGUUGCCUUCAAUUCAUACACGUCAGCAGAUGAACAAUCCGUCACACAAGAAGAGUUCAUGAAUGAAGCACUGCAAGAUGUGUUUGAUGCAAUUACUAUGCAAGACCGUCUUGAUGGUGGAAUUUCCAUCCUCAUGCAUUGCGCUGGCUCUGAGGCCCCAGAAACACUCUCUCCAGAAUACUUUACUAUUGACCUCUAUAUCACACCACGUGAAUAUCGUGAAAUGCCAGAGCAUCUUGGGGGAGAUUUAUCGGCAUUGGUGCAGGCUUUCAGUGAGGAGUUCGUAGUCCCCCAUCUGCAAUGCUUUGCAGAAUGUUGUCGCAUUGAGGGCAUUAUCCCUCCCCGGCACUACCCAGCAGGUCAGGUAAAUCCGUCUGGACCAACAUUCUUACCUGCACCCUUGGUAGCCACAGGUGCACGGAUCCAAUGCUCAGCUCAUCCUACUAGGCAGUUCAAACACGAUUUUGAAGUCGGUAACAAGGUUCUCUUGGCUGCAGUUCAGAUUGGUCAAGCCCUGGCAAAAAGCAACAGCAAGCCUGAAAUUCGUCAGCGCCAUAAUGUUGAUGCAUUUCUCCUCAAGCGUGUUGCCGAACCUAGGAUCGCAACUAGCACAGAGGCUCUUAGUACUAAUGGGACAAGCGAAGCUGGUGGUAUAAAUUUGACUGGUACAACAGCAUCUUUUGGGGUCCCAUUGAUCAGUAUUGGUCCGCACACUGAUGCUGUUCUUGAUCGGUUCGGUUUGGAUGAUCAGGUCCUUCCCAAGCUUCAUCAACUUAUCGGCUCCAUUCGCAGUAGCCGCUGGGAGGCUGUGCUUCGGUCUCCGAAAUGGAACUUGACUUAUGAGCAGGCCUCGAACCUGAGUAGAUCGCUUCAUUCUGAUCUUUGCGGUGGCAUUCAAUUUGCGCUUGUGGAUGCUAAGUGGUUAUCUUCCUUCCUUUCACAAAUGUUUACAUUCCUUGGCACCCUGGCAUUAGUCAAUGCCUACCCAGUCUCUCUACGCAAUGCAGACUCACACACAUGGUCAGGCUGCACCUGCUCGUCGCCCCCGGACCAGGCCCUCAGCGAUGCUUGGGAUGGUCUUGACGAGAUGGUGAAGACUAUAGCGUCUUCCCACCACAAGAGUUUCCGCUGCGUACAGAAUGACUUAUGCUUAGGUCGUGGGUUGAUGAGGUUCAAGCAUUCCAAGUUGAAUGUGUGGAACACAUUCUGUUGGAAGAAGCGCCAGGAAAAUGAUGGAAAUGGGGCAACGGGCAAGAAUGUGCUACAAGAGCUUGCUGAGCUUCUUGUCGAGUACGGCAAGCACAAGGAAAUGCAAGCCACGGGCAUCCAAAUUUCCACCAAGGCAAAGCUAAACAAUUUGAGGAGCUGGACUGGUGUUGAGUCGAUGUUCUAUGCAACAUGCGGGUCUACAAACCUUCCUGUCCAUGGUGUCAACUUCACUACUGAAGGUGUGGAUGAGUUUAUGUCGUCUACAAUGAAUAUCAACAGUCAAGAUUUAAUCAGUAAGAUGGAAGGAUUUGCUGUGCGGCAAAAAAUCAUCAAAAGCAGUGUUCUGCAGUUCAGCUCAGCAAUCCGCCAUGAAAUUGGCAAGAGACUUGUUGAAAUCACUAAGGACGAAGACGCGAAGAUGCACUGGACCAACUACUUUCGAAAUGUCGUCCAAUGCUACCAAGUGAUCAUUGAAGGUUGGCCUACCAACAUUCCUUUCACCAACCUCAGCAAAGUGUCAAGCGCCCUUCCUGACCUUGACAUGCUUUUGCGAAAGUGGCGGUCUAAUGCCAUCAAAUGGAGACGAGUCGAUGACGAGGAGUUUCAACAACUCCUCAAAGAACGCAAUGAGAGCCUUGAAAAUGGCGAGGAAAGAAGCGGGCACGGUCUCCAGACACAUAUGGAGAGUCGAACCUGUCGCAAGAAGACCUACAAGAGUGUUGAGACUGUCGAUACAGAUGAUGAAGAUGAAGAGCCCACUGAAGAGACUUCAGCUAACAACAUCGACACUGAUGACGCCAGCGCCAACAUGAACAUCAACACUGAUGACACCGGUGCCGAUACUGACACCAACAUCAAUGGCAAUACUGAUGCCAACCUUGGUGCCUUUGACAACAUGAAUAACGGUGCCUUGAACUUUGAUCCUGCUACCUACAACCUUAAUUUUCUUCCUCCCAGUCCUGCAGCCGCUAACCGCACUACUCUCGCUGCCAAUGAGUUGAUGGAUCCUGAUGUUAUGUUGGCAAAUUUAGAUCGUAUGUUUGGGCCGCCACCAGCGCCUCACCAGUUGUAG